UCGAGGCAUCUGCCCAAUGGGAGUGAAGGGAGUGCAGGGAGAGGCGGGAGCACCGCGCCCGGGCGCCGCGGCAGAAUUCCGCCCUAGUUUGGGGAAUGUGGCAGGUUCCGGGAGCCGAGGCCUGCGCUGAGGCGCUCGGCGGCGCGCUCUUCCUGCUGCUUUUCGCGCUGGCCGUCCGCCAGAUGCUGAAGCAGAGGCGGCCAGUGGGCUUCCCGCCGGGGCCGCCGGGGCUGCCAUUUAUCGGCAACAUCUUCUCCCUGGCCGCCUCCGCGGAGCUUCCGCAUGUCUACAUGAGAAGGCAGAGCCAGGUGUACGGCGAGAUUUUCAGUUUGGAUCUUGGAGGCAUAUCAGCAGUGGUUCUAAAUGGCUAUGACACAGUAAAGGAAUGCCUUGUUCAUCAAAGUGAAAUUUUUGCAGACAGACCAUGCCUUCCGUUAUUCAUGAAGAUGACAAAAAUGGGAGGCUUACUCAAUUCCAGGUAUGGCCGAGGAUGGAUUGAUCACAGAAGAUUGGCUGUAAACAGCUUUCGAUAUUUUGGAUACGGCCAAAAAUCUUUUGAAUCUAAGAUCUUAGAAGAAACCAAAUUUUUCAUUGAUGCUAUUGAAACAUACAAAGGUAGACCUUUUGACUUGAAACACUUAAUAACUAAUGCUGUUUCAAAUAUAACCAAUCUGAUCAUUUUUGGAGAAAGAUUUGCUUAUGAAGACACUAAUUUUCAGCAAAUGAUUGAGUUAUUUAGCGAAAAUGUGGAACUAGCUACCAGUGCCUCAGUCUUCCUGUAUAAUGCCUUUCCAUGGAUUGGUAUCUUGCCUUUUGGAAAACAUCAGCAGCUGUUUAGAAAUGCAGCUGUGGUCUACGAUUUUCUCUCCAGACUAAUUAAAAAUGCUUCAGUCAACAGAAAGCCUCAGUUACCUCAGCAUUUUGUUGAUGCUUAUUUAGAUGAGAUGGAUCAAGGUAAAAAUGACCCAUCAUCUACUUUCUCCAAAGAAAACCUAAUUUUCUCCGUGGGUGAACUCAUCAUUGCUGGAACAGAAACUACAACCAAUGUGCUACGCUGGGCAAUUCUUUUCAUGGCCCUUUAUCCUAGCAUUCAAGGACAAGUUUGGAAAGAGAUUGAUUUAAUUAUUGGCCCCAAUAGACAGCCUUCUUGGGAUGACAAAUACAAAAUGCCAUAUACUGAAGCAGUUUUGCAUGAAGUUUUAAGAUUCUGUAAUAUAGUUCCAUUAGGAAUUUUCCAUGCAACCUCUAAAGAUGCAGCUGUACGUGGUUAUUCUAUUCCAAAAGGCACAACAGUAAUUACAAAUCUUUAUUCUGUGCACUUUGAAGAAAAGUACUGGAAAGACCCAGAAGUGUUCUGUCCUGAGCGAUUUCUGGAUAGCAGUGGCUAUUUUGUCAAAAAGGAAGCUUUUGUUCCUUUUUCCUUAGGGAGAAGACAUUGUCUUGGAGAACAUCUGGCUCGGAUGGAAAUGUUCUUGUUUUUUACCGCAUUGCUUCAGCAGUUUCAUUUGCAUUUCCCACAUGAACUAGUUCCAAAUCUGAAGCCCAGGUUAGGUAUGACAUUGCAGCCCCAGCCUUACCUCAUCUGUGCUAAAAGGCGCUGAAAGUGCACAGAUGUUUUCAGGAAUAAGGGUGUAUGUUUGCCUUAUCCCAAAGCUUCAUCUAAUCAGCAUGAUGUUUAGGAAAAAGCCACACUAUCAAAAAGCCAAACAGAUAUGUCAUUGGAAAGAGUACUAGAAAGGGCCAGGAUUUAGCUCAGUGGCACCCUGCCUGCCUCGAAAAUACAAGAUCCUGAGUCCUAUCUCCAGUACCGAAAAAAAUAAAAAUAAAUAAAAGUUAAAAACUAAAAAUGCUAGACCAAUAACUAGCACUAGCUAUGAUUUCAAGCUUCUGAAACUUCUAAGGUACAACUCUUUACUGAGAAACAUGAAGGUACAAAUGACAGAUGUUGCAUAAGAGGCUAAGAAGGGCUAUAGAUGCCCUAAGCACAGCCACUUUUUAAGUAUAAGGUUCCUCUCAUCCCUUUUUGACUACCCCCUAAGGAAGCUUUGCUGCUAAAUGCCAACUCCUUUUUGAUCCUGCAUUAUCAUUAAUAGACUGUGGUACCAAUCCAGUUUAAUAGAGGACUAAAAGAAAUUAGAACUCAAACUAAUUUGGACUAUAGAUAUUUUAGAUAUGUAUUUAGUGUAGGGCCAGCCUUGCUUUCAGAUAUAGCUCCCUACUAUGUGUUCAUGAGAACUGUCAUUAUUUCUAUAAAUGAGAGUCUGUCUAAUUCCUGAGCAUCCAUCCCAAUAGCAGCUCAGUAGAUACAAAAUUACAGUAAGGUAUUAGAACAAAAAUGACAGAUAGCUAUUGAUUUUUUGUAGGCACAGACAGCACCACUUUUUGUAAAACCAGUCACUGUAUUUAAAGAUCCAAUCAUCUUAUUUAGUAGAGGUCUUUCCAUGGCUUAAUGUUUUCCCUAAAGAUAAAAUACAAAUACAAAAACAUGCUAUUGAGACA